GUCCGCCAGGCAGUGCUGGUCAGUGGCCAGGCAAGGAUGGGCUCAGUCUGGGGCCUGGCUGUGGCUCUCCUUUUCUUCUGCUGGAAGGCUGGAGUCACUGUGAGCUCUCCAGGCCUCAGCAUCAGCCGAUCAGCUCCUUUGGUGACAACAGACAACAAGGAAGUGCCUGCCUUUACUCAAACGGACAGGCCCAGCUCAGAGGGCGCUUUCCAGACCACUGACCUUACUCCUCCAUGUGCUCCUCUAGACACUCAAACUCUGAGCACUGGAGCUGCUUCUAACACCUUGACUGCAACCAGUGCCAGGUCAGAAGGCAGCUCCAGGGACACCCAGACCGCCUCUUUUGUAACAAAGACCAGGAAGACACACACUACCUCCCCUAAAUCAUCAUCCCUGGACACACAGACCCCUUCCUCUACAACAUCAUCCCUGGACACUCAGACCCUCUCCCUUACAGCAUCAUCCCUGGACACCCAGACCCCCUCCUCUACAGCAUCAUCCCUGGACACCCAGACCCCUUCCUCUACAACAUCAUCCCUGGACACCCAGACCCCCUCCUCUACAGCAUCAUCCCUGGACACCCAGACCCCCUCCUCUACAGCAUCAUCCCCGGACACCCAGACCCCUUCCUCUACAACAUCAUCCCUGGACACCCAGACCCCCUCCUCUACAGCAUCAUCCCUGGACACCCAGACCCCAUCCCCUACAGCAUCAUCCCUGGACACCCAGACCCCCUCCUCUACAGCAUCAUCCCUAGACACCCAGACCCCCUCCCCUACAGCUUCAUCCCUGGACACUCAGACCAGCUCCCAGACAGCAUCACCCCUGGACACGCAGACCCCUUCCCAGACAGCAUCACCCCUGGAGAUCCAGACCCUUUUCCUUUCAACAUCGUCCCUUUCAGCAUCAAGCCAGACCACUUCUCUUGCUCCAUUAUCCAUGGAUAACCAAACCAGUCUCCUUGCACCAUUGAUGAGAAAUGCUCAGACCACUUCACCUGUAGCAUCAACCUUAGAGACCCAAACCAAUUUCCCUACAGUGUUGUCUCUGGAUCCCCAGAGCACUGCCCCUGAACCAUCCUCCCUGGAUACUCAGACCAUUUCCCCUGUAUCCCUGGAUACCCAGACCACUUUCCCUGUAUCCCUGGAUACCCAAACCACUUCCUCUGAAAUAUCGUUGCUGAAUACCCAGACCAUUUCCUCUGCACCAUCCUCCCUGGAUACUCAGACCACUUCUUCUGCAUCAUUAUCUGUAGAUACUCAGACCACUUCCUCUUCCCCAUCAGUCCUGGAGAACCAGACCACUUUCCCUACCACAAAGACCCCAGAGAACCAGACCAUCUCCAUUCUUGAAUUGACCCUAAAGUCCCAGACCGUUUCCUCUGUAACAGAGACCAGAACUCUUGAAAUAAGGAUACCUUCCAACUUCACGGCUGUGCACCCCACAGAGACUUUGGCAACAAGCAGAAGCCCAUCAGUCUGGAUGGGCACCAUCGAGACUGGCACAGUGAGUGAUCCCAUAGAAGCCAUCUUUGAUAGCCUCUGUACUGAUGACAGCUCUGAAGAGGCAAGGAAGAUUGCAGUUGACUUCCUGACUUUGGCACACACCUCCACAGAAGCCCAGCACCUGUCUUCAGAAAGCAGCUCCUCCUCCUCCUCCUCCUCCUCCUCCUCUUCCUCCUCCUCCUCCUCCUCCUCCUCCUCCCCCUCCUCCUCCUCCUCCUCUUCCUCCUCCUCCUCUUCCUCCUCCUCUGAGAGCUCAGCUGGGGUCCUCAGCAGCUCACGGGUCCUGGAACCCGACAUUACAACUCCAGCCCAGGACUUGGUUACCUUCAGCAUCACUCACAUUAAGCUCACCACCUGCACCACAGAAAUAGAAACGUCUGUCAUCGUGUCUGGAGCCCCAGACACAAGCCACAGCCCUACAGAAGUGACGGCCUCCUGGUCCUCUUCUGAGACGUUGACUCUGCCUCAAUCCCUGUCAACAGCCAGCACCUCAGCCCCUGCCACUGCCCUCGAGGUCACCCUCCCCACCAGUGGAAUCCCAGAAAGAGAAACAACAGUGGCCCAGACCCCUACCUCAGCAUCGACACCCGCUGAGGCUUCGACAAAACGUGAUCCAGGUGAAGGCAGAGGCUUCCUCCUUGUACGGCUGAGCGUGGCCUCCGCUGAGGACCUCACAAAGCCCAAAGCCACAGAGAAGCUGAUGCAUCAGGUCCACCGUGAACUGCACAGCCACAUGCCACUUGUCCGAAUGUCCUUACUGAGCGUCAGGAGAGGCUGAUGAAUGGUAGCUGCAACCAGGCAAGUCCUCUGUGCCAGGAGAGUAACGCUGCCUGUGGCCCCAGCCCCACCAAAGCCUCAGGACCCAGGAGGCUCCCUCGAAGGCCAGCUGGCUCGAGAGCCCUACCCUGUACCUUACCGCAAGAUGUUGGUCCGGUUACGCCUGAGUGUAUGUGCAAGGGGAGAGGGCUGGGAUGUCCUUCACCUCCUCUGACUGGCUGUUCUAUUUCAGUAAAGAGAGACCUGAC